AUGGUUUGUCCACUACCCUCUAUAUCCCUUUGUAUGCUUCCUUCCUUGAAUUUUGAACAAAGACACAGCUUUCGGAGUUCGUUGAAGCCCACGUCGGAAACUCUCCAAAGAGAACUCUUUCAUAAAUUUAACUCCCCAUUUGAGCUCCAACAAGUGCAUACUCUUGUCAUCAAAACUGGAACUCCUCUCUCAGCCCUCCCACUGUCCCGUGUAGCCUCUAUUUGUGCUCUUACUCCUAGUUUCCCCUAUGCUCGACGAAUUUUCCAGCUAGUUGACCAGCCAGAAAUUUCCUUGUGGAACUCUUGCUUAAGAGAUUUUGCUGAGAGUGAUUCUCCAUUUGAUGCUAUUUUGCUGUUUCACCAGCUGCGAAGUCACAACGUGUGCCCUGAUAGUUUUACUUGCUCCUUCGUUCUCAAGGCAUGCUUGCAAUUACUUGAUCUUUUCCACGGGAGAAUCAUUCAUGCAUUUGUUGAAAAGCUUGGACUUCAAUUCAACUUGGUUCUGCAAAAUGUGAUCUUGCAUUUAUAUUCAUCUUGUGGACAGAUAAGUGAUGCGAUUCUAUUGUUCAAUAAGAUGCCCCAACGUGAUACCGUUACUUGGAAUACAAUGAUCACGCAGCUAGGGAAGAGGGGUGAUGCUGAUUCAGCAUAUGAAAUGUUCCUACAAAUGCCUGAGAGGAAUGUGAGGUCAUGGACUGCUAUGGUUUCAGGUUUUGUUCAGUGUGGGAAGCCAAAGGAGGCGGUUGAUCUUUUCACCAAGAUGGAAGAAGUGGGAUUGAAGCCCAAUGAGGUGACUGUGGUGGCAGUUUUAGCAGCCUGUGCUGAUCUUGGUGCACUUAAUGUUGGGCGUAGGAUUCAUAAGUAUUCAGAUGAGAGUGGGUUUCAGAGAAACAUCAAAAUUUCUAACACUCUGAUUGAUAUGUAUAUAAAAUGUGGAUGUUUAGAAGCUGCACGUGAUGUUUUGGGGGGUAUGAAGGAACGAACAGUAAUCUCAUGGUCGACCAUGAUCCAAGGACUGGCAAUACAUGGAAAAGCUGAUGAAGCUUUGGAACUCUUCUCUGAAAUGACACAGACAGGGAUCAAGCCGAAUGCAGUCACCUUCAUUGGACUCUUAAAUGCUUGUAGUCAUAUGGGAUUGAUAAACGAGGGAUAUGCAUUUUUUGCUAGCAUGACUAGAGACUACGGAAUAAUUCCAGGUAUUGAACACUAUGGUUGCAUGGUUGAUCUAUUAAGUCGUGCAGGGCUGCUGCAACAGGCCCAUGAGUUCAUCAAACAGAUGCCUAUAAUGCCGAAUGCAGCUAUAUGGGGUGCCCUUCUUGGUGGCUGCAAAGUCCACAAGAACAUUGAAAUGGCUGAAUUAGCAAUGAGACACUUGCAUGAAUUGGAUUCCCUGAAUGAUGGUUACUAUGUGGUUUUGGCAAACAUAUACUCGGAAGCAAAGCAAUGGGACAAUGCAGCAAGGUUGAGGAAGCUGAUGAGAAAUAGGGGAUUGAAGAAGACUCUUGGCUUGAGUUCAGUUAGUAUCAAAGAGGUGGCUCAUGAGUUUGUGGCUGGGGACGACACUCAUCCUCAAUUCCAGGAGAUUUUGAAGAUGUGGAAUCAGUUACAAGUACAUAUGAGGCUGAAAGGCUACAUACCAAACACAUCAGUUGUUCUACUUGACAUAGACGAGAAGGAAAAGGAAAAGGUUUUGUCUAGACAUAGUGAGAAACUAGCACUGGUUUUCGGGCUCAUUCGUACACCACCUGGAGAAACAAUAAGAAUUUUCAAGAAUCUCCGCAUCUGUGAAGAUUGUCAUGCUUCUUUUAAGCUGAUAUCUGAGAUUGUUGAUAGAGAAAUAGUUGUACGUGACCGCAACAGAUUUCAUUGUUUCAAAGAUGGCUGUUGUUCUUGCAGGGAUUAUUGGUAG